CUUGCGGCGCUGGAUGGCACCGGGGCCGCUGCGAUGGCGCUGGGGCUGUCCAAGAAGGCUUCGAACCGGAACAUCGCGGUGGAGAGGAAGAACCUGAUCACGGUCUGCAGGUUCUCGGUGAAGACGCUGCUGGAGAAGUACACAUCAGAUCCUAUUGAUGACACCUCCGAGGAGUUCCUGAACUUCGCGGCCAUCCUGGAGCAGAUCCUCAGCCACCGCUUCAAAGGCCCCGUCAGCUGGUUCAGCUCCGAUGGACAACGUGGGUUCUGGGAUUACAUCCGCUUGGCCUGCAGCAAAGUGCCCAACAACUGUGUCAGCAGCAUCGAGAGCAUGGAGAACAUCAGCACAUCCCGCGCCAAGGGCCGGGCCUGGAUCCGUGUGGCACUGAUGGAGAAGAGGAUGUCUGAGUACAUCUCCACAGCCCUGCGGGACACACGGACCACGAGGCGGUUCUAUGACGAUGGGGCCAUCAUGCUGCGGGAGGAGUCCACGGUGCUCACCGGGAUGCUCAUCGGGCUCAGCGCCAUCGACUUCAGCUUCUGCCUGAAGGGAGAGGUGAUGGACGGCAAAACCCCCGUGGUCAUUGACUACACUCCCUACCUGAAGUUCACCCAGAGCUAUGACUACCUGAGCGAGGAGGAGGAGAGGGGCAGUGUGGAGAGCAGCACGAGCGAGGACAGCUCCCCCGAGCAUCCCUACCUGCCCCUGGUCACCGAUGAGGACAGUUGGUACAGCAAGUGGCGCAAGAUGGAGCACAAGUUCCGCAUCGUCUAUGCCCAGAAGGGGUACCUGGAGGAGCUGGUUCGGCUGCGGGAGUCACAGCUCAAGGACCUGGAGGCAGAGAACAAGCGUCUGAAGCUGAGGCUGGAGGAGCUGAUGGUGCAGAACCAGCUGGAGAAGAGGGAGCUGGAGGGAGUCAUCCUGGAGCUGCAGGAGCAGCUGACGGGGCUGAUCCCAUGUGAGAACCCACAGCUGGCACAGCUGUCCAAGGACAUGGUGACCCCCCUGGUGAACCAAUGGCCGUCACUGGGGACCCUCAACGGCAACGAGAGCGGCUCGGACAGCAAACUGUACCGGAGGCACAGCUUCGUCAGCACCGAGCAGCUCUCGGCCGAGAACAGCCUGAGCUCCGACUCCCAGCGCCUGAGCAAGCGGCAGGGGGAGCCCUGGGGGCCAAUGGGGAAGGACCCGACCCCCUCCAUGCUGGGGCUCUGCGGCUCCCUGGCCUCCCUGCCCAGCUGCAGGUCCUUGGCCAGCCUCAAGUCCAACGAGUGCCUGGUGAGCGACAGCAGGGAGGGCAGCCCCAGCCGCAGCCCCAGCUGAGGGCCCCGGCCCCAUAGCGGCUGCCCCACAGCACCCACCGGGACCCACAGCACCCACCGGGACCCCUCCUGACCCCAGCUGAGCCUCAGCUCAGGCACCGGCUGCACAUGGACCUAUGGGGAUGGGGGAUGCUGGAGUGGGACUGGU